ACCACCGUGCAUCACCAUGGCGAGUUGCUCCUUCGCUCGCGACCAAGCGACGAGGAGACUGAGAGGUGCAGCAGCAGCAGCAGCAGCAGCAGCUCCAGCUCCAGCUCCAGCAGCAGUGCCGACCACGACCACCCCGCUUCUUUCCCCAGGAACCGCGACCGCACUCAUUGGGACCGGGUCGUCUUGUCCGGGAGCCAUGUGGCUCUCUCCAGCCACAGGUUCUCGGUCAGACUCCGAGUCUGAAGAGGAAGAUCUGCCCGUCGGGGCCGAAGUCUGCAAACGCGGCUACCUGAGGAAGCAGAAGCAUGGGCACAGGCGCUACUUCGUGCUUAAACUCGAGACCGCCGACGCCCCGGCCCGGCUGGAAUACUACGAAAACGCCAGGAAGUUCCGGCACAGCGUCCGCGCCGCCGCCGCUGCAGCUGCAGCGGCCGCCUCGGGCGCCGCGGUCCCGGCUCUCAUUCCGCCGCGGCGCGUAAUCACCCUCUACCAGUGCUUCUCUGUGAGCCAGCGAGCAGAUGCCAGGUACCGACACCUCAUUGCCCUUUUCACCCAGGACGAGUACUUCGCGAUGGUGGCCGAGAACGAGUCGGAACAAGAAAGCUGGUACUUGCUGCUCAGCCGCCUCAUCCUCGAGAGCAAACGCCGCCGCUGCGGCACGCUCAGCGCACAGCCGGACGGAGAGCCGGCCGCGCUGGCGGCCGCAGCGGCGGUGGAGCCACCCUUCUAUAAAGAUGUGUGGCAGGUAAUAGUCAAACCCAGGGGGCUGGGGCACAAAAAAGAGCUGAGCGGCGUGUUCCGGCUGUGUCUUACCGACGAAGAGGUCGUGUUUGUGAGGCUGAACACCGAAGUGGCCAGCGUGGUCGUCCAGCUCCUGAGCAUCCGUCGCUGCGGGCACUCGGAGCAGUAUUUCUUCUUGGAAGUCGGUAGGUCCACCGUCAUCGGUCCAGGAGAGCUCUGGAUGCAGGUUGAUGACUGUGUGGUGGCCCAAAACAUGCACGAGCUGUUUUUGGAGAAGAUGCGAGCCUUGUGUGCAGACGAAUACAGAGCCCGCUGCCGCAGUUACAGCAUCAACAUCGGCGCCCACCUGUUAACCCUGCUGUCCGCUAGGAGGCACCUGGGCCUGCUGCCGCUUGAACCCGGCGGCUGGCUCAGAAGGUCCCGCUUUGAUCAGUUUCGCCACCUCCGGGCCCUCGGUGAAGGUGAGAGUGAGGGUGAUGAGGAAGAUGAGAUGCUCUUCACCAGGCGCUUUGGAGCACCCAGCGAGCCUCUGCCCCCCUCCAGGCAAGGAAGACUGCACCUGCCCAGAGAGCGAAGGUCCAGGAGAGCGGUUUCAGUGCCGGCCAGCAUUUUCCGCCGCUUAACCCCCAGUCCUGUACGUGCCCCGCAGCCUGAAGAAGCCCGGAACGACAGAGCUUGCCUGUCUCCCGAAGCAGCUGGCUCUGGUAACUCUGGAGAGGAGGAGAAUCCUCAAGGCAAAGAAAAUCAAGAAGAAAGCGGAGGUGACUACAUGCCCAUGAACAAUUGGGGCUCAGGCAAUGGACGGGGUUCAGGAGGUGGCCAGGGCUCAAGCGGCCAAGGCUCCAGCAGCCAGAGCUCCGGAGGAAACCAAUGCUCAGGUGGGGGACAGGGAUCCAGCGGUGGCCAGGGCUCAAGUGGCAACCAGGGCUCAAGUGGCCAGGGUUCAGGAGGCCAAGGUGCAGGAGGAAACCAGUGCUCAGGAGAUGGCCAGGGCGCUGCAGGUGGUCAUGGCUCAGGUGGUGGCCAGGGAGCUGGAGGUGGGCACGGCUCAGGCCGUGGCCAAGGACCUGGAGAUGGCCGUGGUUCAGGUAGUGGUAAGAAGUCUGGAAGGGGCAAGGGCUCAGGAAGUGGGAAAUCUCUGAAGAAAAGAUCUUACUUUGGCAAAUUCUCUCAAAGCAAGCCACAGCAAAUACCACCACCACCACCACCACCGCCCCCAUCCCCUCCAACUGGAGCAACUGCGGGGAAAGGGAAGUCAGGGGGAAGAUUCCGACUUUAUUUUUGUGCUGACAGAGCCGCAAAAGAACGAAAAGAAGCCAGAGAAAUGAAAGAUCCAGAGAUCCCAGAAGGUGCAGCUCGGGGUCCCUACAGACCCAGAGCUUUUGAUGAAGAUGAAGAUGACCCAUAUGUGCCAAUGAGGCCAGGGGUGGCUGCCCCUCUUGCGAGCUCCAGUGAUUACAUGCCAAUGGCUCCUCAAAAUGUCUCUGCUUCAAAACGUCAUUCUCGAUCACCUUUUGAAGAUUCAAGGGGGUACAUGAUGAUGUUCCCCAGAGUGAGCCCACCACCUGUUCCAAGUCCUCCAAAAACACCAGAUCCUGAUAAAGAGGAUGAUUCAAAGGACAAUGACAAUGACAGUGACAGUGACUACAUGUUUAUGGCUCCUGGAGCUGGUGCAAUUCCAAAAAACCCCAGGAACCCUCAGGGUGGCUCUUCCUCCAAAAGUUGGAGCUCCUACUUCUCGCUGCCAAAUCCUUUUCGGAGCUCCCCUUUGGGACAGAGCGACCGCAGUGAGUAUGUACCAAUGUUACCUGGAAAGUCCCUGGGGAGGGGCCUAGACAAAGAAGCCUCUAACUGGGGCCCCGAACAUGCAGCUUCAAACCAGCCAGUUGAGGGGUUAUUCUCAAAGCCUGGAGAUGGGGGGUCACCUUCAAAGCCUUUGGAUGAUGAGCCCUCAAAUGAUAAGGCUGAGAGACCUAACCUACUAUCUUUUAUUACAAAAGGAAAUGAAAUCAACCCAAACUCAGAAAGUCCCACACAGGAGCAGAGAGAAGCUGACAGCUCUAGUGACUAUGUUAACAUUGACUUCACUGAAAGAGAUAGUGAUAUGCCAGCUCCCUCUCCUCAAGGACUGCCAGGUUCGUGGGGCAUAAUUGCUAACCCCAGACAGUCAGCCUUUUCUCCUUACGUGAAUGUUGAGUUUGGAGUGCCAUUUCCAAAUCCAGCAAGCAACUUCUCAGAUCUUUUAAGAGCUAUACCAGGUGCCAACCCCCUAUUUCUGGAUGGUGCUAGGUGGCCACUUCUUCCUCUUCCUCCCAGUGCUACAGGUAGCAAUGCUAAUGAGGAAGAGGGUGACUACAUUGAAGUAAUUUUCAACCCAGCAAUGACACCAGCAGUGCCUUUUGCUGACAGUGCCAUUCGCUAUGAUGCUGAAACAGGUCGAAUCUAUGUGGUCGACCCAUUUUCUGAGUGCUGUAUGGACAUUUCUCUCUCCCCCAGCCGAUGCUCUGAACCACCACCUGUAGCUAGGCUGCUGCAGCACGAAGAGCAAAAUAGAAGACGCCCACAAAGCCGCUCGCAAAGUUUCUUUGCAGCCUCCAGAGCUGCUGUCUCUGCUUUUCCAACUGACAGUCUCGAGGGAGACCUUUCCGCCUUCUCAGCCGUGGCUGCCGGUUUGGCAGCAACGCCCUUAGCCGUGGGCCGGGCCUUAGCAGUGGCCUCCGCUCUCGCUGUGGCCCCGGGCAUCGGCUCAGCAGCCGCCGGCUGGGAGGCCGCCUUUGGAUUUAACUCAGCCUCCGCCCGCUGGUUUCCACCUGUUGCUAAUGCUGCAGAUGCCGAAGCAGUGAGAGGGGCCCAGGACAGAGCCCGGGUCUCGAACCUGGGAGCCCAAAACCCAUCUGCAGACCUUGUCGGAGGUGAAAACGCGGCGGGCGGGCCUGGUGCUGCCGCUGCCGCUGCCCCUGCUGCUGCUGCCGCCGCCGCCGCUGCUGCCGCCGCCGCUCCCGUUCCUCCCCCCCCACCUCGUCGCUGGGUGCCAAGACCCCCAGAGAGAGAAGAUUCUGACAACGACCAAGACGACGACGACGACAUUUACGUGAGAAUGGACUUUGCCAGACCUGACAAGAAGUUCUGA